UUGGAGUUCCCUACUGUUAUGUUGACUCUCUCCCUGUCCAUCUCUUGCCCUUCACUUUUCUCCUUUGCUUUUUGAUGGGUUCUCAUUAGUAUAAUCUUUCUUUCUUUCUUUCUUUACCUGGUUAUAAAUGCCACCUCUCUUCACUUCAUUUUGCUUUCCCUUUACUGUUUCUCUCUCUCUGUCUCUCUCUUUGUUUUCCUCCAUUGCAAACUAAGCUUCCUUUCCAGCUUUCUGAAAGGUCCCUCUCUCUUCCCUCCACAUGCACACAAAGACCCACCAACCAUUUCACCCAUUUUAUCUUUUUUAGGCCCCUAGAAUCACCCUCAUUUAUAUUACUAUCCCCCCUCUCCCUUUACACAUUUUGCCUUGAAAGAUUAGAUUUUUGUCUCUCUUUCUUUGCCAUUUCUUCCUCUCUUUCUUUUAUUAUUCACAAAAUUCUUUUUUUUUGGCCAAUUGGAGGCCACAACUUGUGCUUCUAAACGACUACUCUCCACAGCUCUGCCUUGUUGUGGCUAUUGGGUUUUGGUUGAUUUGUGUUAUUCAGGUCUACAUUGGCCUAUCCAUGCUUAUUGAGUCUCACUUGCCUAGAAAAAGAGAAGCCCUUUAUUUGCUUUUGUGGGUGCUCAAGGAAGAAUAUCAAGGGGGUUAGCUUUGACACUCAGAUGACUGCAAAGGUGGAUAUCUGUUAAUCUCUUGGUGUAAAGUCAGAUUGCAUAAUACAGUUUUCAAUUGUGAUUUCUGGAGGACCAGAGAUGUCAUCUGAGAGUUUGAAUGCAGAACUAUCAAAGAAGACAUCGGUUUUUGGUCUUAAACUAUGGGUUUUAAUAGGAGUAUCUGUAGGAGUGUUUAUAAUUUCUAUUCUCUGUGCCUUAUCUGCAUGGGUUACAUUUCGGAGGAAAUCUAGGAGAUCAGUGGACAAGUACUCGCAUUCCAAAAUACCAAAUACAUCAAAAGAUAUUAAGGUUGAUAGGGUUGGGGUUCAAAAUUUCAGCGAUCACCCUGAAAGUUUAUUCCUCACAGUCAAUGAUAAAUUGAGUGACAAGAAUUCAGAGAAAAUGCAGGUUCAUUUGGGAAUGAGCAAAUCUAGUGAUCCUGACAAUGCCAGUCAAUGCAGCUCGAUUUAUCACCAUGAGAGGGCAUGCAGUUCCCAUUCAGGGGAAGAAGGAAGCUCUGGGACUUUUCGGAAGCAAUCUUCAUUAUCACACGCUGGACUUGUUACAGCCUCUCCCUUAAUCGGCUUGCCAGAAUUUUCACACCUUGGAUGGGGCCACUGGUUUACACUUAGGGAUCUUGAGUUUGCUACAAAUAGUUUUGCAGUAGAGAAUGUGCUUGGCGAGGGUGGUUACGGAGUUGUAUACAAGGGUACACUAAUAAAUGGAACCGAGGUAGCAGUGAAGAAGCUUCUUAACAAUCUGGGACAGGCAGAGAAGGAAUUUAGGGUCGAAGUGGAGGCUAUAGGUCAUGUUCGACACAAGAAUCUUGUGCGGCUUCUUGGCUACUGUAUCGAAGGAGUUCACAGGAUGCUGGUGUAUGAAUAUGUGAAUAAUGGGAACUUAGAACAAUGGCUGCAUGGGGCAAUGCAUCAUCAUGGUAUCCUUACUUGGGAGGCCCGCAUGAAGGUUCUUCUGGGUACUGCUAAGGCGCUUGCUUAUUUGCAUGAAGCAAUAGAACCAAAGGUUGUUCAUCGAGACAUAAAAUCCAGCAAUAUUUUGAUUGACGACGAGUUUAACGCCAAGGUUUCUGAUUUUGGAUUGGCCAAGCUCCUUGGUUCUGGAGAGAGUCAUAUCACAACAAGAGUUAUGGGUACAUUUGGUUACGUUGCACCAGAGUAUGCUAACACAGGCUUACUAAAUGAGAAGAGUGACAUUUAUAGCUUUGGAGUCCUGCUGCUAGAAGCAGUGACUGGAAGGGACCCUGUGGACUAUGGCCGGCCAGCUAACGAGGUUAAUCUUCUUGAGUGGCUUAAAAUGAUGGUUGGGACAAGAAGAGCUGAGGAAGUUGUGGACCCAAAUCUUGAAGUUAAACCAACAACACGUGCUUUAAAACGUGCUCUUUUGGUUGCACUAAGGUGUGUUGAUCCUGAUGCAGAAAGGAGACCUAAAAUGACCCAAGUUGUAAGGAUGCUUGAAGCUGAUGAGUACCCGCUUCGUGAGAAGGGUGCAUAGCCUGUCAUCCUGUUUUUGUGUGGAGUAACCUUUAUAAGGAUCGGAGGAACAGAAAGACUCGUACUACUAGCAUGGAAAUUGAAUCCAUGAGAGAGGAAUCAACAGAAAGUGAAAACAAGGGAGUGGAUUCAGAAAGCCGUUUAGCCGAGACAACUCAUGGAUAGGACCGACAAGCACUAUGGGGGAGAAGCAUUACCUUCUCAUCCAUUAAAUUAAAAGAUUUCAAUAACUCAUCGAUAAUACACAAUCUAGAUGUUUGUUUUCUUCCUGCAUGGAAGAGGUGGCUUGGAUCCAGUUUACUGAUUUUGAUCGUGGAGUGUUGGCCUUCGUUCCAUACUGCCUUGGCACACAAAUGAGGAGUCGCUUUCAAUCCCAUAAAAAAAGGGCAACUUGAGAGAGAAGAAAGAGAGAGAGUUGUACAGAUGUUUGCUGAGGUUCAAUGGGCUUUCUUUUCAUUACAACGAGUAUAAUUAUUUAUGGUUCUCAUACUUUGUUGCUUACAUGAUUAUUGUUCUUGGGAUAGUGAAUGAUUAUUUCCUUUCACUUUA